CCGGCUCUGCCAGGCCGAGCAGCCCACCCCGGCCCAGCCGCUCGGAGCCGGAGCCGCCGUCGCCAUGUCUUCCGGGCCCAGUGUGAGCGCCCUGCAGCGCCUGGUGGAGCAGCUCAAGCUCGAGGCCAGUGUGGAGAGGAUCAAGGUUUCCCAGGCAGCUGCUGAGCUGCAGCAGUACUGUAUACAGAAUGCCUGUAAGGAUGCCCUGCUGGUUGGUGUUCCGGCUGGCAGCAACCCCUUCCGGGAGCCCAGGUCCUGUACUUUACUCUGAAGACCACAAGGAAGAAGUUCAUUGAGGAAUGCCUUCAAGCACAAAGUGAUGAAUGAAUCCCUCCAAGUCUCAAGAGAAUGCUUUUCCUUUGCCAAAAGACUUUUAGAUAUUUCCUACCUUACCUAUGGCAGAGUCCUAUAGCAAAAUUUCUACAAAAAUUAAUGAUUUUCUACUCAAAUAAGGAAAGUGAGUGAGAGUGGAAUUUUAAAUAAUAAUGGCCUGGUUCUUUUGCCAAAGUGCUUUAUUUUAAGAUAAACAAAAAACCUUACCAAUAAAUACAACCCUUUCAUAAGUGAACUACUGGUGUUGCUAUUCCUGGAAUACCAUGCAUGUUUUAUUUACUGAAUGUUUACAUUUUAGGAAGCAAAGCAUUUUUGUCUAUUAGAAAAUUGAAUGUUUACAAUUUGUUUUUCCUAAGAUUUUUAUACUGCAAUAAAAUUGUUCUAUUCUCAUGAACUUACAAUUACUAAAUGAAGACAAAAAAUAUAAAUUGGGGGAAAAUAGACUUUUACUCAUUAAAUGGUGUCUUGAUUUUUUUUGUAAUUGGAAGAUUUAUAUUUAACACUAAACAUAGGAGAUAUUUCUUAGCCAAAUUGUUUGGAAAGAUUAAUGUUAAUGUUGUGUACUAGGCUGCCCCCUCUUAUGUAGGAAGCACAUUUAAUCCUUUUCCUUCUAAAUUUCUCUACUUUAUAGUUGUGGUUGUACUUGUAAAGAAUACUACAUUAUUUUAUGUCUUUAAACAAUGUUUAAAAUGCAAAUGACAUAUAGAAGAAUGCAAAUAGUUAAAAAAAAUAAUGUGAAAAUACUGCAGCCUAAAAGAAUUCUUUAUGCCACACGUGUUUUAUUUGGAUGGUGUGCCUUUGAUUUUAUUUGCGACACUUUUAAAGAGACAUUUUAUUUGUCUUUGUAAUAAUGUUUGAAGAUCUUGGGAAUAAAAUCUCUGCUUAAUUGAUCAUUUUCUAUGACAGCAA